AUCGUGGUCGUUUACAGUUUCCAAGCUCUAAGCCUGUUAUCACAGAUUAGAGAGGUGAUCUGUGCUGUUAUUCUGUGCUUAUUAGACCAGCAGAAACCAUUGAAUUUCCUAAAGCAUUUAGUGAUUGAGGGUGUUAAGUUGGUACACACAGUGCAAAAUACUUAAGUUGAAACAACGAUAGCAAAGUUGUAAUCCUCCAAAAUGUCUAAUAAAAAAACCUUAAAUAUCGUUGUUAUCGGAGAGACGGGAGUCGGGAAAUCAACGUUUAUCAACAUGUUCUCCACAUAUUUUAGACAUGACGAUAUCGAUGCUGCAGUUGCAGAAUAUCCAGAUAAUGUUCUUAUACCUACGUUGGUGACAAUUUACGAUGAAAAUGGUCAAGAUUUAGAAUUUAAAGUGGGUUCAAACAAAGAUCAAAUUCAGGAAGCAGGUUGCAGUGGCACUCAAACUGUUAAUUCGUACUUGUUCAAAUGUGAGGGAAGUGACUUUAAUAUAAAUUUAGUGGACACUCCAGGGAUGGGAGAUACAAACUGCGUAUCUAAAGACAAUGAACACUGUGAAAUGAUUUUGAAUGAAUUGUCUGAAUUAGGUGAAAUUCAUGCCAUUUGCUUUUUGAUGAGACCAACGAACACCAGAAAUACCUUUUUCUUUGACUACUGUAUUAAAGAAAUAAUGUCACGCUUACAUAAAUCAGCGUGCCACAACAUGAUUUUCGUUUUUACAAACACGAGGAGUCAAAAUUAUGAACCAGGAGAUACCUUACCUGGAUUGAAAAGAAUGAUAACAGCGAUUAAUGAAAGAUUAACAGAUGUAAAGAUCAAACUGCAUAAAAAUACAAAUAUCUUUUGUUUUGACAAUGAAAGUAUUAAGUAUUUAGUGGCAAAACACAAUAAUGUGAACUUAAAUACCAAAGUAGUGGAGGACUAUAAGCAAAGUUGGGAUGUUUCCAAGAAAGAAUUUUCACGGCUCAUUGAAUACGUUAAUACCCUGGAACCACAUGAUGCAAGAAACAGUGUAAGUCUAAAUAAAACAAGAAGGUUAAUUUCCGAAAUUCUUAAACCUCUAUCAGACAUCUCUGAUCUUUUACAAGACAAUAUACAAAAUUUAAUUAAGAACGAAGAAGAGAUAAGCAAAGUAAGAGAAACGCAAAAAGAUUUAGAAGAUAAAUUAUACAUCACUGAAACCGAAUUGGAAAUAAUUCAGUUGGAAACACCAGCCAAUAUUUGUACCAAUUCAAGCUGUGCCACGCAGGAAAAUCAGAGUGAAGGUGUGCAAAAAUGGCAUUAUAAGGAAAAAUGUCAUGAAUGCCCUUGGGUGGGAAACCUAAUAAAAGAAGAGAGUAUUGGUCACUGGGGUCUUUGGUUUUGUUCCCAAAUUGCAUUUAAUGGCACGUGCAAGAAAUGCAACUGUUCAGCUUCACAUCAUAUGAUAAUUUUUUAUGAAACCAAAAAACAUCAAAAAAGUGUGUUGGUACCUGUUGUUCAAAGAGAACUUGAAUCCACAGAGAGUAAACUCGAUGAUUUUUGGCAAUAUAUGCAACAAGUAUCACAGCGAAAAGACGAGUUACAAAAUGAGCUCGAUUUUGCAGCACAAUGUGCCGCAAAAUUUGCAAUUUUCAUAAAAAAAUGUGCGGUGGUACCUAUAAAUGAUGCCUACGAAGGAUAUAUCAGCCUUUUAAUUAAACGAGAGGAAUAUCAGGAAGAAUCUGACAACCUUAAACUUGAAGUUCUUCGCCAUAUGCUACAAAAUCAUAGAGAAUUGAAAACAAAAUUUUUUGAGACAUCAAAUUCACUCCCAACAUAUUUCAGUGUUAGUUCCCAAAGUAUCGAAGAAGACAUCAAAAAAUUGUACAGUUGUAAACACAUUGGACCCAAACUAAAAGAAAUCUCCGAAAAGAGGAAUAAAUGUAUUGUAAUUGCAGAAGAAACUGGCAGCAAUAAAAAAAAACAUUCUAUUCGAAUUUUUUUGGGGGGACUUACAUUUAAACUAAAAAAUAAAGUAGUAAGUUCUCUGAAAAGUUUAGGAGUUUAUGGACAAUAUAAUGGACCGAAUGAAGCGGCCGAACCAGCCACUGAGGCCUUGGAGGCUGGAGAUUUCCACUGAAGUUUCACUGUACAGUUCUAAAUCUACUAUUUAGUACUGUACUAUUCUAAAUGUUUUAAACAUUUGCUUGUGUUUAACGUAAAUAAUGUUUAUUUCUUGUUUAGAAUCAAGUUCAUUUUGUAAUAACAAUUUAUUAAAUAAAUAUAGCAUGUGUAAUAAAAA